AUGAUGUCUCGAUUUCUACCACCAGUAAUGAGAAACCAUUCAUGUUGUAUUGAUAGUCACGACUUGCGUCUUACCACGGAAUCGGACGGAAGACAAUUAUAUACAUAUACAGUAACAUGGCAUGAUUUGCAACAAUCCGAACAAUCAAAUUCCGUGAAUGAUAUGGAAUUAAAAACUGCAUCUUCUCAGUUUUCAUUUAUGAAUACGUCCCCAAAGCAAAAUAUGUCCUCAGCAGACAUGCGAAUUUGUGAGCGCAUUGCGCCAGAUAAUGCUUCCAGUUUGCGAACUCGAGAAUGCCAAUGUGAUGGACCAUGCGGAAAAAUUAAGCCAGUGAGCGAAAUGCGCAUUAUGGGCCUUUGUGAUCAUUACAUUUGUCAAGAUUGUUUCGAAAAAGCACCAACUGUUAAAACUGCUGGCGGUUUUGGUUGUCCGAAUGUGUACUGUUACCAAACGGAUCUGAGAGAUUUGCAUGCAAAUGAUUAUCGACGUCAACGCAUAAUCCAAGAAAUUGUCACCAUGCCUGUGCAUAGGACAAUUUCAACUGAUAAGAGUGAUCAAGGCAUAGUGCCAGUGGUGCUAAAAAGUAGGCCAUGCGUUUGCUUGGUGAAUGUUCGCUUGACAACUUUUACACCGUUGCCAAAUUCUGACAAAGUAUGUCGUCAGCAACAAAUUAUAGAAAUAUACGGCGAUUACACGAUAUUGCAAACGCUAAAUACAUUGAAAGAGUAUGAACGAUUUGACAGUUUGGACAUCGCAAAUCGUAUAUACUAUUGCCCAAGUGGUCUGGUCAAUGAACGCUCAUCCUGGAAAAAGAUUGUAAAAAAUGAUCUAUUGAUACCAAUUACAAAAUUUGGUCAAGAAGAUCAACAUAUUGAUAUCAUUUUCGAUUGUACCACUCCUUAA